CUCUGAUUCGGAGACUUUUUGGAGACAUAAACAGAAAUAGUGGCAAAAAUUAGUUUUGAUCAAAAAUUUAAUUAAUUUAAGCGAUUUUUAAGUGUUUUAGAAGGGAUAUUAAACAAUCAAGAUGAUGUCAAGUCAUUUAAAAAUGAGUAAACCAGCACAGAGCAAUACAUCUCUUAGUUCUGGUGUCCAGCCAUCAGUGACUGAAUACUCAAUUAGAUGUCCCAAGAACAUGAAACAUAAGCAUCAUGUUAUGAGAUUUAAUUACAAUUUAAAUGUUGAUUUUUCUCAAUGGAGAAAUGUUAAAAUGGAACGAGAAAAUAAUAUGAGAGAGUUCAAAAGUGGACUUGAGGAGGACGCACCGAAAUUUGGUGCCGGUUCUGAAUAUAAUAGAGAUCAGAAAGAGGAAGCUAGACGAAAGAAGUUUGGGAUUAUUGCGAAAAAGUAUAAUCCUGAUGCUCAACCUUGGAUCCUGAAAGUUAACAGUGGGAAGUCAGGCAAGAAAUUUCGUGGUAUCCGAGAAGGUGGUGUCAGUGAGAAUGCAGCUCAUUUUAUAUUCACACAGACAAAAGACGGCUCAAUUGAGGCAUUUCCAUUAAAUGAAUGGUAUAAUUUCCAGCCAAUUCAACGUUAUAAGGCAUUAACAGCCGAAGAGGCUGAAGAGGAAUUUGGUCGUCGUAAGAAAUGUGUCAAUUUAUGGUCAAUGAAAAUGCGUAUGAAACUUAAAAAUAAGGACGAAGAGGAAGUUGAAGAUCCAGAGGAUAAGGCUGUGAAGGGUUCAAAGGGUGGGGAUAAAAAGAAACUUAUGAUUAGUGAAAUGGAUGAAUGGAUGGAUUCAGAUGAUAUGAGUUCGGCUUCUGAUGAAGAAGGAGAUGCUGGAAAGAAGAAAAAGGAAGAAGGAAGUGACGAUGAAGCUAAGACCAAGAAAAAGAAAGGCAAAGCUCAGCCAAAAAAGAAAAAGAAAGUCAAUGAUGAGGCAUUUGAAGAUUCAGACGAUGGAGACGAGGAAGGGCUGGAACGUGAUUAUAUUUCAGACUCAAGUGAUAGUGAAUCAGAGCCGGAAAUCGAAAAGAUAAAUAAGGAACUUAAAUCAGUAGCCGAAGAGCCAGCAUUACAGAAAUUAUUAACAUCCGAUGAAGAUUCAGACGAAGAGAAAUCAGAAAAGAAUGACGAGGAAUCAGAGGAUGAAAAGAGUAAGAAAGCUGACGAUGCCAAAGAAUCGAAAGAGAAUGAAGUGAAGGCAGCACCGACAAAAGAAAAGAAAAAGGAUGACAAAAAGAGUAAAAUGCAAAAGUUUUAUGAUGCGAUUAAUCAAAAGCCUGGAACUGGCAAUGCUAGUGACUUUAGUUCUGAUUCUGAAGAUUCUGAGGCAGAUCCAAUGAAGAAAGUUACCAACAACAACAGUAAGAAGAAGAAAAAUACUACGAAAAAUGAGAAAAGUGGUCACAAUUCACGUGCUGGAACUCCAGUUGAUAGUGGAAUUAAACGGAAAAUUGAUAUUACUAGUUCCGAUAACAGCAACAGUCCACAAUCAACACCAGCGAAGAAAUUAAAGUCAGAACCAAUAUCCAUUACACCAUUGUCAUUUAAUAACUUCUCAAGCUCAAAAGAUAGCUUCAGUAAUACAGAAGAAGCUGUUCGUCGCUACCUUAUGAGAAAGCCAAUGACAACGACCGAGUUACUUAAGAAGAUUCAAAGCAAAAAGACAGGCGUGUCAAGUGAUGAAUUAGUCGAAAUGAUGACGCAGAUCUUGAAGAAAAUUAAUCCAUCUCGUCAAAGAAUUCAAGGAAAAAUGUAUUUGAGUUUAAAGGCAACUUAAGACUUGAUUUUUUUUGUGAACGACGACGAUUUUUUUUAGUUGAAUUUUUUCCUUUUUUUUAUCCUCAUCUCCAAUUAACUCAAUUAUAAGCCAUUUCUUUCAUCCAUUAUGUUCAAGAUUUCAAUGCAUCGCCGUGCAUCUCUAUUUAAUAGACACAAAAAAAUGAAUAAUAAAGAAAUAUUUUUCUAAAG